AUGCCGCCCCGUCGCGCGGCAGCCGCAAAGGCACGCGACUCGAUCGCAUCCAACGCUUCGUCCACAACCUCGGCCUCCGCUUCCCCUAUGAUUCAGGCGCGCGCCUCACGAUCCUCUCGCUCCUCCACAGCUGCUGCCAAGCCCAAAGUCACAGCAGCACCGCGCUCCCGAAGACGCAUCCAGAGCUCAGACGAUGAAGACGAGGACGACGAGAGCGAGGAGGAGCAAGACGACAGCGAGGAUGAGGACGAGCAAGACAGCGACGAGCCAGACACACCGGUAAAGCCGGCACCUCGGUCGCGGGCGCAGAAGGGUGCAGCGGCGACAACAGCCUCCCGCGCCUCGACUGGACGCGCUCGUGCUCCAGCAGCAAAGCCUGCGGUUCAGCCGACAAAGACCUCCAGAUCGCGCGCCAAACAGGUCGUAGAGAGCGAAGACGAAGAGGAGGACGAAGAGGAGGAUGUCGUCGACGACUCAAUCAGUCCUGCUUCCGCGAAUCAUGAUUCGGAGGAUGAAGAGGAUGACGAUGAGGAAGCAGACGAAGUUCAGUCGCCCUCGGCACGUCGCGUGUCCAAGGCGGCCAAACCUUCGUCCUCUCGAACCAAGACCCGUGUCGCCGAGCAGGAUGAGGAGGAAGAAGAGCAGCAUCCGGACUCGGACGCAUCCGAAACCUCCUUCAAGGAGGCACGCACCGGCACACCGGAGCCCACCGAAGCCUCGGCAUCGGCCCUCAGCCAGCCUCGUACCCCUUCGUCAAACCUGCUCAAGCAGAUCGCAACACCCGCACGUCCCGCGCCUCCCGCCGGCCCCGCCAAGCGUCUCGUCAUCCACAAGAUGGUCCUCAUCGACUUCAAGUCCUACGCAGGUCGCCAGGAGAUCGGUCCCUUCCACAAGUCCUUCUCCAGCGUCGUCGGCCCCAACGGAAGCGGAAAGAGCAACGUCAUCGACUCGCUCCUCUUUGUCUUCGGCUGGAGAGCCUCCAAGAUGCGCCAGGGCAAGCUCAGCGAGCUCAUCCACAACUCGGCCGGCAAGGAAAACCUGCCCCACUGCAGCGUCGAGGUCUGGUUCCGCGAGAUCAUCGACGGGCCCAACGACGCAUUCACCGUCGUCCCCGGCAGCAAGCUCGUCGUCUCGCGCACCGCCUACCGCAACAACACCUCGCAGUACUUUAUCAACGCACGCAAGUCCACCUUCACCGAAGCCACUACGCUCCUCAAGGCAAAGGGCAUCGACCUCGACCACAAGCGCUUCCUCAUCCUCCAGGGCGAGGUCGAGUCCAUCGCACAGAUGCCACCGCGCGCAAAGAACGAGCACGAGGAAGGCCUGCUCGAGUACCUCGAAGACAUCAUCGGCACCAGCUGCUUCAAGACGCCCAUCGAGCAACACGCCAAGCUCGUCGACGAGGCCAACGAGAAGCGAGCCGAAAAGCUCGGCCGUCUCAAGAUCGUCCAAAAGGAAAAGGACGCGCUCGAGGCCAAGAAGCGCCAGGCAGAGGAGUUCCUCCGCGACCAGAACGAGCUCUCGCAGCGACAGUCGGCGCUCUGGCAGGUCUACAGCCUCGAGUGCCGCGACAACAUCAAGGUCGCCGCAGACGCCAUCGCCAAGCUCAACAAGCGCCUCGCCGACGAGGUCGAAAAGCACUCGGGCUCCAAGGCCGAGAUCGAAGCGCUCGAGGCAGAAUACAAGUCGCUCGCCAAGGACUUUGACAACAUCGCCCGCAGCAGCGAAAAGGUGGUCAAGGAGCUGGCGCGCUUCGAAAAGGACGACGUACAGCUCCAGGAGAAGCGCAAGCAUCUCGAGUCCAAAAAGAAGAAGCUCGCAAAGGCGAUCGCCGACGACCGCCACGCCGCCUCCGAGGCCAAAACCACCGCCUCGGAUUCGGCGCACAGGAUCGAAAAGGAGGAGGCUGCGCUGCGCAAGCUCGAGGCGUCGCUCGAAACCGAAGAGGCCGAGCUCGAAAAGAUCCGCGACUCGCUCAAGGGCAAGACCGAAAAGUUCAGCCGCGCCAUCGAGCUCAAGCAGCGCGAGCUCCAGCCCUGGACGGCCAAGAUCAGCGAAAAGGUCGCCGCCAAGAACGUCGCGCAAGAGGAACGCGACCUGCUCGCCAGCCGCGGUGCCCAGGUGGAGGCGAGCAUCGCCGAGGCCAAAGAGGCGCUGCGCAACCUCGAGCUCGACAACCAGUCUAAGCACGACGAGGUGCAGAGCCUCAACCAGGAGCGCCGCGAUCUCGAAAAGAAGAUCGCCUCGUGCCAGAAGCAGCUCGACGAGAUGAAGCAGCAGGAACACGCCAUGCGCGCCAAGGUGGUCUCGGCAAGGUCCAAGGCCGACGAGGCACGCGCCAGCGUGAGUGCCAGCCGCUCGCGCGGCGACGUCCUCUCGAGCCUCUCGCGCCAGGCCGAACUCGGCAUGAUCAAGGGCUUCCACGGCCGUCUGGGCAAUCUGGGCGUCAUCGACGACAAGUACGACGUGGCCAUCAGCACCGCCUGCCCGGGUCUCAACAACAUUGUCGUCGACUCGGUCGACUGCGGCCAGGCGUGCAUCGAGCAUCUGCGCAAGAACAACCUGGGCCGAGCCAACUUUGUGCUGCUCAACAGCCUCGGCAUCAGCGCGGCGCAAGUCGCGCCCAUCGAGACGCCUGAAAACGUGCCGCGCCUCUUCGACCUGGUCAAGCCGCGCGAGCCGCGGUUUGCCGCCGCCUUCUACCACCAGCUGCGCGACACGCUCGUCGCCAAGGACCUCGCGCACGCCAACCGCAUCGCGUACGGCGCCAAGCGCUGGCGUGUGGUGACGCUCGAUGGCCAGCUCAUCGACAAGAGCGGCACCAUGUCCGGCGGUGGCAACAAGGUGUCGCGCGGCGCCAUGAGCUCCCGGUUCGCCGCCGACGAGGUGUCGCCCGAGCAGCUGCAGCGGCUCGAGCGCGAUCGGGAUGCGGUCGAAGAGUCGCUGCGGGGGCACGUCGCCUCGAUCAAGACGGUCGAGUCGCUGCUCGACGGCCACCGCGGGCGUGCGCCGCAGAUCGAGGUGGCGCUCGACAAGAUCCGCAUGGACCUCGAGAGCGGCGACCAGCGCGUCAAAGAGGGCCAGCGGCGCGUCGCCGAGCUGGCGGCCGAGAGCAAGCCGGAUGCGGGCGACGCCUCGCGCAUCGCCGAGCUCGACCGCCAGAUGGGCUCGCUCGACAAGGAGAUCGCCAAGCUCACCGAAAAGAGCUCGGCGAUCGAGCGCGACAUCGAGGCGCUGCAGGAGAAGAUCCUCGAGGCGGGCGGUGUGGAGCUGCGCACGCAGAAGAGCAAGGUGGACAGCAUCAAGGACAAGAUGGAGCUCUCGUCCGAACUCACCACCAAGGCGGAGGUGGCCAAGUCCAAGGCGGAGAAGGACGUGGUGAAGCUCGCCAAGUCGCUUGAGAGGAACGAGGCGCAGCUGGCCGAGCUCGAUGGCGAGCUCGAGCAGCUGCGCGACGAGAUCAGCGCCAAGGCCAACGAGGCCGAGAGCGUGCGCGCUAAAGUGGACGAGGCGCAGCACCUCAUGGAUGCCAAGGCCGAGGAGCGCGACGAGAUCAAGGCGCAGCUCGACGAACGCUCCGAGUCGGCCAACUCGUUCCGCGCGCUCGAGAUGGAGAUCAAGCAGAAGCUCGAGGACAACGAGCGGCUGCAGAACGAGAACGACAAGCGUCUCAAGCACUGGCAGGAGAAGCUGGCGGGUCUGGUGCUGCACCACGUCGACGACGACGACGAAGACGACGAGGAAGCCGACAAGCCAGAAGGCGAUGAGGACGCAGAGACCGAUGGCGCCGCAAAGCAGUCCAAAUCGGCGGGCAAGAAGCGUGCUGUCAAAGCCGAGGGUGGCGACGAUGACGCGAUCGCUGAAGAGUCGGACUCAGACGAGGACGAGACGCUUGCGCUGCCCGAGUAUCCCGAGGACGAGCUGCGCGCGAUCGACAAGGAGUCGGUCAAGGCGCAAAUCGUCUUCUACGAGGAGAAAGUGUCCAAGGGCUCCGCCAACAUGUCUGUGCUUGCCGAGUACCGCAAGCGCGAAGCCGAGUUCGUCGCACGUGCCAAGGACCUGGAAGCCACGACGGCGGAGCGCGACUCGGCCAAGCAGCGGUACGACGACCUUCGCAAGCAGCGCCUCGAAAACUUCAUGGCCGGGUUCAGCGUGAUCUCUUCGAAGCUCAAGGAGAUGUACCAGACGAUCACGCUGGGCGGGAAUGCGGAGUUGGAGUUGGUGGAUUCGCUGGAUCCGUUUGCGGAGGGGAUUCUGUUUUCGGUCAUGCCGCCCAAGAAGUCGUGGAAGAACAUUUCGAAUCUGUCGGGCGGCGAGAAGACGCUGUCGUCGCUGGCGCUCGUGUUUGCGCUGCACGCGUACAAGCCGACGCCCGUCUAUGUGAUGGACGAGAUCGAUGCGGCGCUCGACUUCCGCAACGUGUCGAUUGUGGCCAACCUCAUCCGGGAGCGCACCAAGGGUGGCCAGUUUAUCAUCAUUUCGCUGCGCAACAACAUGUUUGAGUUGUCGUCGCGCCUGAUUGGCGUGUACAAGACGGCCAACUGUACAAAGUCGCUCACCAUCGACAAUACCGAGCUGCUCGCCGCGCCUCCUGCACCGGCGCCGGUGCCGGUGGCAACGCAGUCUCGCGCAAGUCUGGCGAUACCGGCUUCACCCAUGGCAACGCCGUCGCAGCAUAUGGUGGCCGCUACGCCGAGGCCGGGGAUGGCGAGGAUGGUGCCCAGGACGCCGGCGCCAGGGGCACAGGCGUCGCAGCUGGAUCUCAACAGGCUCAUGACGCCCGCGGUGGGCAAGACACCCGGAUCGGUGCUGCAGCGCUCCAGGAUGCACAAUGCGCUCGCGGACAAGUCCAAGAUCAGCAAACCACCUGCGUUCGGCAAUGCGGCCAAGAGGAGCGUCUCGGCCACGCUUGCCACUCCCACCCCGGCGAAUCAUUGA